CGUCUGUGGUAACGUUUUCUUGUUGCAAUGAGCAGCGCAACGUGAGGGUGGCAGCAGUGGGAAUACUUUCCCAACAAUAUAGCAAACACAGUGUGUGAUAUCGAUGUUUCAGCAGCCUGUCUCGGAAUAGUGUAUCGCGCAAGCGAAGGAGUACGUGGCACAAUGAUCGGAAUAUCCUCAGAUUUGGGAUGUCUGUAGCUAGCUGGAAGAAGCGAUCUUUCGUACUGCGCGCAACGACUACCCAAGAGAGCCAGGAUGGAGCAUAUCUUCUAAACAUCCCUCGCGCUAUCUGCUGCGGUUAAAGUGGUGUGGCGUGGGACCGAUGACCGUUCUAUACACUGACUAUCUAUGAAUGAAGCGUUUGGUGUUUUCAGACCAGGCAUAAACGUAUUGUAAUUCAGAGAGAAAGGAUGAUAUUGGUUUCGACUGCAGUUCGCAACAAACCCGGAUACAAGAGCGGAAAAAAGUGCCGUACCACAAGCAGUGUCGACUUACUUUGCGGCGCUUGUACCCCCUGGCCCUGGACUGCUUCAACUGUUGGGGGAUCUCACUGAGUGACCAUUGAUGCUGCAUCUCAGGGUUGCUGAGCCUAUGCGAGAGUGCGAGUACAGCCAGAUCAGCACUCGCAGCUCGACCCCGAUGGAGACUCCAUACAAGAAGAGGAUCCCAAAGAGGAGGAAAUGGCAAGCCUUCCCAGGGCGGAAUAAAUUUUACUGCAAUGGGAGGAUCAUGAUGGCCAGGCAGACAGGGGUCUUCUACCUUACCCUUGUCCUAAUUCUCGUCACAAGCGGACUCUUCUUCGCUUUUGACUGUCCGUUCCUGUCGAUGCAGAUCACCCCAGCCAUCCCAGUGAUAGGGGGGGUGCUGUUUGUCUUUGUGCUGGGGACUCUCUUCAGGACCAGCUUCAGUGACCCAGGGGUCCUGCCCCGAGCAACACCUGAUGAAGCUGCUGACCUGGAGAGACAGAUCGAUGUAGCCAACGGUUCUAGUUCGGGUUACCGGCCGCCCCCCAGGACGAGAGAGGUGGUCAUCAAUGGGCAGACGGUCAAGCUCAAGUACUGCUUCACCUGUAAGAUCUUCAGACCACCGCGUGCCUCUCACUGCAGCCUUUGUGACAACUGUGUCGAGCGUUUUGACCACCACUGUCCCUGGGUGGGGAACUGUGUUGGGAAGAGGAACUACCGUUUCUUCUACAUGUUCAUCCUCUCCCUCUCCUUCCUCACAAUCUUCAUCUUCGCCUUUGUCAUCACACACGUCAUCCUGCGAUCCCAUCGAUAUGGGUUCCUCAACACACUCAAAGACAGUCCUGCCAGUGUGCUGGAGGUGGUGGUGUGUUUCUUCUCUGUCUGGUCCAUAGUGGGCCUCUCUGGAUUCCACACGUACCUGAUCAGUUCCAACCAGACCACAAACGAAGAUAUCAAAGGGUCGUGGUCGUCUAAAAGAGGGAAAGGCAAUUAUAACCCUUACAGCUACGGAAACAUAUUCACCAACUGCUGUGCAGCGCUGUGUGGACCCUUACCACCCAGUCUCAUCGACAGAAGAGGCUUUGUCCAAUUGGACACGCCGCAGCCCAUCACGCCAACCAAUGGCAUCACCAUGUACGGAUCCACCCAAUCACAGAGCCACAUGUGUGAUCAAGCCCAGUGCAUUCAGAGCACCAAAUUCGUUUUGCAGGCUGCUGCCACACCCCUGCUGCAGAGUGAGCCAGUCAUCCUCACAGACGAGGCGUUUCUACCAGGCAGAACAUCAUUAGGGGGUCCCUGCUCUGGAGCCCUGCCGCUGGGGGGUCAUCCGACACCACCUACCUCCACCCCCAACCUCAGCUGUGACAACGACAUGCUGCCUCUCCGGAACGAGCAAAGCGACGGGCUACGACACCACCACACGGACGGGGGCCACCACCACUUCCUCACGCCUGAGGAAGCUCCCUCGCCACCGGGCAUGCUCCCCUGCGGCAGUCCCCUGGGACACAGCCACACCAUACAGGGCUUCUACAAUCCAGCUAGCCAGGACUCUCUACACGAGGACUCUGUCAGAGGCCUGGUCAAACUCAGCUCUGUCUGACAGGGGGUUCACUCAAACAUCCCUCUGUCCCCCAAAACGCUCCUCCCUUCCAUCCACACCUGUGCCAAACAGUGGGUCGCCCCAACCCUGAAUGUCUGUAACCAAUAUCCUCUCCGUCCACUAAAAUCACAGGACUUCAGCCUCUAAAAGACUGUGGUACUAUUUGGGAGCAGAACUGACCUGAACUGGGACCUUCCCUCCUCAGCCAACAACUUGCCAAACCUCUGCAUCAUAAUGAGGGUUGUUGCUGGUGAAGGGCCCAGGGGACUGUGCCAUAUUAUAAACAGUCACAAAUGUACUGUUUUCUACUGAAGCAUAGUCUACUCUCCUGGGAGGGGGACAAAGGAUAGGAUUUGAGGAGGAAAACAGAAGUGGUAGGUGUAUGGCUGUCUGUCAGCUAUUUUAAAGUCUAAAAAAGUGUUGUGACAGCUGUUCCUAAAUAUGUUAAAGAAAAGCUGCUUUAUUUCUGUCAUGAAUCACGAUUCUGGCAUUUUCUUUUUUUGUACAACGGACUGUGGCCUACUUGUUGAUCACUAAUGGACAGUGUCAGCCUUUCUGAGGAGAUUCCGGUUGAUAGUCGACAGUGCAAUCAGUAAACAAGAGUUAGUAUCAUCAUGUUGCUAGCCUUAGUGGAGUUGCCAACGACCGGAUGUGUCCGGUUUUCAGGGAUAAAGCUAAUUCACCCUAGCUUCCUUUUCCGCUGAAAACCGGAUGUGGAAACUCCGCUCAGGCAUUUUCUUUUAUGCCUGCUGCGUUAGGUUAUCAUGUUGCAUAUCAUAAUUCAUUUCUUAUUUUUAAAUUACAUGUUAAAAAGAUUUGGUAUUGUGUUGUGCCAUACUAAGUUUUUUUUUUCUUUUCUCACAUUAUACUUCCUGUGGAUAUAUUAAUAAAAUCACAUAUUUUUAAGGUA